GUAAUUGUGUACGUUAGAUACCAGUAAUUCGCAUAUCAAUCGCAUAGUGUAGUGAAACGUAUGUAAACGUCGAAAAGACGACAACUAUCUACAAUUUUGAGAAGUUGCAGUGAACAAGUGGUAUCUUGGUCAAUUCUGAUAGAAAUUUUAGAACUUGUGGACCAUGUCUGAUUCAGAAGAUGAAGCUAGGGAUAGGGGAAAACAACUGAAAAUCGUCGUUGUUGGUGAUGGUGCGUCGGGAAAGACAUCUCUAGCGACACGUUACUCCCAGGAACAGUUUGGCAAGCAAUACCAACAGACUGUGGGUCUUGACUUCUUUCUCAAGAGAAUAUGCAUUGCUGACAACACUCAUGUUUCUUUACAAGUUUGGGACAUUGGUGGACAGACGCUCGGAGGAAAAAUGCUGGAAAACUAUUUAUAUGGAGCUCAUGGAGUGUUAUUGGUGUAUGAUAUCACUAAUUACAGCAGCUUUGAGAACGUCGAGGACUGGUAUCAGAAGCUAAGGGAUGUCUGCAAAGAUGCAGAUAAGUUCCCUCAUGUUGCACUCGUGGGUAAUAAAGCCGACUUGGAGCAUAUGAGGACAGUGAAAGAUGAGAAACAUCAAAAGUUAUGUCAAGAGCACAACAUGUCCAGCCAUUUUGUCUCUGCGAAGACAGGUGAUUCGGUUAAUUUAUGUUUCCAGAAAAUAGCUGCAGAUAUCCUGGGUAUCAAACUGACAAAAGCUGAAAUCCAAAACAACACUCGAGUGGUAAAAGCUGAAGUACUGAAAGCCCGGGAGGACCCUGUACCGAGACCGAUGUCAUCUCACACACGGAGUUCAAUGUGCUCUGUCAUGUGACGCUCAUCGAUGUGUUGGUAGACUUUUGAAAGCUAAGAAAAUCCAACUGUGGCUAACCAUCGUGUUAUUUGAUCCUUCUUUGGAUGAGGCAACUUCACAAGAGGAGAAUGAUUGGCAAUGGCUUGCUGUUGUGUUGCUUGAUGAAAUGAAGCAUCCAGCCUUCACUAUUGGAUGUCCUUUUGCUAGACUGCAACCAAGGUCAUCAUGGAUAUCGUCAUUGUUAUCUUCUUGUCAUCAUCAUCGUCAACACCAUCAUCAUGAUCAUCAUCAACAUCAUCAUUAUCACCACCACCACCAUCAUCAACAUCAUCAUCAACAUCAUCAUCAUCAUCAUCAUCAUCAUCAUCACCCUUAUCAGGGAUUCCAGCUUUCAUACUCUUGCCUAAUUUCAGGCUCUGUCACCUCUCUGUUUCAUGAUUUAUAUUGUACACAACAUGUUAGGUUCAUCGUGUAAAGCUAUAUGGUUUCCCUGCCCCUUCAGUCAUCAUCAUCAUCAUCAUUAUCAUCAUCGUCUCCAUUUUAAUUAUGAUUACCCACUACCACCAGCACUUCUACUGCCACUAAAAUAAAUCAUCA